UGAAAUAUUUAUUGAAACGCUUUCCUGCAGUUAAGCAAAAAUGUUUACAAAAAUAUUAUUUUUAUUUUCUGCUAUUCUAAUUCAUCAAGUUUCAUGUAGUAGUGACCAUAUGAAUCAAGAAGUUUCGGAUGAAAAAGAGAGUAUUAAAUUUGUAGGAAGGAUGUUAGAGCAAGGUCGAACGUUGGUUCAUCAUACUGUUAAAAGAUUUAUGAUAAUUUUGCCAGCUAUAUUUUUCAAGUUAGGAAUUGCAUUUACAUUGCUAGUACUUGUAACUAUAGUGGCAAUUAAUAACGGAUUCAUUGGAUUCCUGUUAUUAGUUGUUGGACUUAGUAGCGUUUUAGCUAGACUUCAGGAAGCUAGAAGACCUGCGGCGGCAUCAUUUCCGUACAUUUCAGCAUUACCAAGCUAUUAUCAUCAUGGUCAUAAUCUUCAUGGAUGGGAUAGAAGUGAUAAUACACCAGAGAAAACGGUUACUUUAGAUGGAAGUACACAGUAUUCUCCAAGUUAUCAACACUAUAAGCCAUAUUCUUCGGCGUAUAGUACCUACAGUCAAAAAAACUUUAGAAAAGAAAAAAGUAAGAAAGACUUAUAAUGAGAUAGUGAAGUAAAUUAUUUUCGGCAUGGUUUUAUGCAGAUACAGGUCGUUCUACUUUUUAGUACCAGAAGUUAACUAAAUGAACUAUGAAUAAUGAACAUGAUAUAUAUUUCUUAAUUUAACAUCAGCUAUA